AUGCCAGAUCAAACACCGUCUUCACUGUCGGCUGCUGCUGCUGCUGCUCCGCCAUCAUCAUCAGCGGGAGCCGCUACGUCGAGGAUUGCUCGCCACGUCGCCCUAGGCGACGCGGCGCCAACUUAUUCCACGUGGCUCAAUGACCCCAAUUACAUGAAGCUUGAGACCUAUUUCGCUGAAGAUCAAAAGGCUGCUCCAGGACUUGCUGCCAGUUUCGGGCUAAACAACCUCAGGCCGGUCCUCGUCAAGCCUGAUACACAGGAGGGCAACACCUACUUGAUCACAGAUGACACAAGCUAUUGGAUGUUUAAUGAAUUAGAAGGGAGGAUGUGGAAAUUUAAGAACAAGUCCCUGACACAAAGCAUGGUCGUGAAUCUAGUUGAGGAAGAGAGAUAUGACGGCUCGGACUUGGCCGAACAGACCAAGGUGGAUCCUGAAGAGCUGUCAAAUGAUUAG